CAUUCGACGUUCGAAAGCCCGUUAAACGUCUUAAACAAUAAGGUUCUUGGAGUGAGCAAAGCGGGUAAGAUCGUGUUUUUAGAAGAUUCAUCCAAAUUAGAACACUUGAAGAGAUCAUUCAACUUCGGCAGUGAUGAUAUCACUGUGUUAAAGAAACACGAAUUCUUGAUGCCAGGUUUUAUUGAUACUCAUAUACAUGCACCGCAGUAUCCAUACAUGGGAAYAGGUUACGAUUUGCCUCUACUAGACUGGCUUGAUCGGUAYACGUUCCCUUACGAAGCCAAGUACCAAGAUGUAGACUUCGCAGAGAAAGUCUAUAGGAAGGUAAUAACYARAACACUAGGUCAUGGAACUACGACUGCAAGUUAUUUCGCAACCAUCCAUUAUGAAGCGACGGCGAUUUUAGCUGACAUUGCUGAGGAGAUGGGUCAGAGAGCUUUCAUCGGUAAAGUUUGUAUGGAUAGAAAUGCGCCAGAUUACUACAUCGAAAGUACGCAACAGUCAUUGAUCGACACAGAGAGGUUUAUCAACUACGUAUACAGGAAGAACAACAGCUUGGUCACGCCUGUGGUCACGCCACGAUUUGUCAUAACAUGUAGCGAUGAGCUGAUGAAAGAACUUGGUGAAUUGUCCAGAAAGUACAAGAUACCUGUCCAGUCACACCUAAGUGAGAAUAAACAAGAAAUCCAGACAGUCCAAGAAAUGUAUCCUAACUGCGCACACUACACUGAUGUUUACAAACAGUAUGGACUGCUGACAGACAGGUCAUACAUGGCACAUUGUUGCCACGUCUCCCAAGCUGAAGCGACAAUGCUAGCAAAGUGUGGUACUGGUAUCUCGCACUGUCCAGCUUCAAACGUGAAUCUCCACAGUGGUCUUGCUGACGUGAAAUUCCUGGAAUCUCAAAACAUCAAAGUUGGUCUUGGAACUGAUGUUUCUGGUGGUCAUUCAUAUUCCAUGUUAAAUGCCAUCCAGUCAGCCAUGACUGUUUCUAACAUUCUUGCCAUGAGGUGUGAUGGUUACAAACCCAUCUCACACAGAGAAGCGUUCUACCUGGCAACUUUGGGUGGUAGCAAAGUCCUUGGUUUGGACAAGAUUGUGGGUAACUUUGAAGUUGGUAAAGAGUUCGAUGCCUUGCUAGUUGAUGGAGCAUCACAGGAAUCCGUGUUUGAUUGUUUUGAUGAUGAUGACAUGGAACAAGUCGUGCAAAAGUUCUUGUAUUGCGCCGAUGAUCGAAACAUCAAAAAAGUCUUUGUUGCUGGCAAAAUGGUCGCUGGAAAGGAUAAAAAACAUGAUAAUUAAC